AUGGCUUCUCCCUUCGACGUCGAUGUGCUCGCACGGGAUAUCGGGCAAAGGAUUGCUUCCCAACUACCUUCAAUCCUGAGGCAACUUCUGGCGGAACACAACGAUUUCAGUACGAGUGGCGAUUUGCAGCUGGAAUGCAACCUGUUGAACGGCCAGUUGGGUUCUGCCAUACGACCUCAAACGUUGAAGCUGGCUUCAAUCAACAUCGCAGAAGUGGUGAAUUGUGCAACACCCAGCGCGAAUGGCGAUCACUCGGGCACACCGGUCGACGACACUCUCCCGUCUACUACUUCAGAUCGACCUCCGAGCGCUCAGGCGGGCGCUUCAGCAGAAUCGCCGGGUACACCGCUAGAAAGCAGUGGAGCCAACUCACCGGCAAGGUCUCUGCGGCCUAGAUCUACAAGUACGCCUCAUGCCGAUGAGGACACCAGGCCUGCGAAGCGUCGUGCGACUGGUGGGCUUCGGAUCGGAGGUGCGGAUCAGCCACGAGAGCAGUACGGUGCAGUCACAAGACGUCUUGAGAGCGAUAGCAGGGUCUUUCCGCAGCGGAAGAAGCGACUGCCUGACAACCCGCAUCUGCAGCCAAGCACUCUCGACAAAUUCAUCAAUGGAAUCUGGGAGAACAUCUAUUCCGGGUCGAAAUUGGACCCAGCUGAAGUCAUCGAGCAAUGGCAAGCGAUAGAGUCCAGUGGACAGCCCCGACUGCUUAUGGAUGCGGAAUCCCAGCUUGCCACGCACAACGAUGCUCUGAUCCAGGGCUCGUUCGGUCGGAUGAACGUACUAACGAGGAAGAUCAGCCAGACUAGUCGCACCUGUCGAUCUUUAGAGGUCAUCGUCCAAGCGCACUGGACACAAGUGUUCGACGAACGUGUGCGGGAGCUGAGCGCUGGCACCACGAAAGAAAAGGCCAAGAAGACAGCCAUCUCUGAGGCGUGCAUAGAUUUCGGCUGGACCGAGAAAGAAUUGCGCAAUAAGAUGGCCAUCUGGCGUGGUUACAACGACAUUAUGCAAGCCGCUGGAUGGGCCGCGCUUUGCUUCGCUGGCAUGGGCCUCUACCGAUUUUGCAAGUAUAGAGUAUCGUUCACCGAGGAGACUUUUCAGACUUUACGUUCGUUACGGCAUAGAUUCGAAGUCGCUGCUGAUACACUGCAUCCGCGCUGGCGAUCACUACUCGCUAUCGUCGAUGCGCCCAUACAGCGGAAAUACACCGGCCACCCACACGACUGGGUCGUCUGCGGGCCCGCCGAUCAAGCAAUUCCUCUUCCCGUCACCUACCACAAAUGGGACCUCAACUUUCACUACACCCACCUCGACGAAUCCUGCAUCGACGAAGACGCCUGGGGCCUCUUCGACCCUCGUACCGUCUCGCCGCGUGGCGAGCUAACAUCCAUGAAAUGUCCCACCUGCUCCUCCUCCCAAUCUGACGACCCACGGCAAAACAGCUGCACCUGCUUUCCCAACCUCUACGGACACAACAAAGCCGGCUUCAUUCCCGUGCAAGUCUACCAAACGCCCAACGGCAAGAACAAUGGCCUGUUGGCGUGCUGUGCGUUUGAGAGGGGCGCCGCGGUGGGCGAGUUUGUCGGUCAGGUCACGAGUGGAUUGGCGAACAUGGAUGUCAUGGUCGGUCAGACGGAUCGGGCUUCGUAUCAGAUUUGGCAGGGCAAGAUGGGGAACCAUACGAGAUUCGUGAAUCAUUCUUGUAAUCCGAAUAGUCAAUUUGAGCGAUUCGUGUGGAUGGGGACGCAGCGUGAGUUUUCAACGAGCGUCUAA